AUGACCAACGACGAGCCUAUUGCCGUGAUUGGCAUGGCCUGCCGCUUCCCCGGAGGUGCAGACUCUCCCUCUAAGCUCUGGGAUCUGCUUCAGUCUCCACGACACCUUUCUACACGGGUUCCCAGCGACCGCUUCGACAUCACCGGUUUCCACCACACGAAUGGCUCCCACCACGGUGCCACCGACGCUACGAAUGCGUACUUUCUCGAAGAAGAUGUCACCAAGUUUGACAACUCCUUCUUCAAUAUUCAGCCAGCUGAGGCUGAAGCUAUUGAUCCUCAGCAACGUCUCCUAAUGGAGACGGUCUACGACUCGCUGUGUGCGGGCGGACAACAAGUCGAGAACCUGCGAGGAUCAAACACAGCCGUCUUUGUCGGUCUGAUGUGUGAUGAUUGGUCACAACUUCUGAGCCGUGACUGGGACUUGAUGCCCACUUAUGCGGCGACAGGCGAGAGCCGCGCCGUUAUGUCGAACCGUAUCUCCUAUUUCUUUGACUGGCACGGCCCUAGUAUGACAGUAGACACUGCCUGCUCAUCGUCAUUGGUUGCUGUUCACCAGGGCGUUACUGCGAUUCGAAACGGCGAGUGCUCGAUCGCCAUCGCAGCUGGCGCAAAUUUGAUCUUGUCUCCUGGCAUGAUGAUUGCUGAGAGUAGUCUGCACAUGUUAUCACCUACCGGAACCUCCAAGAUGUGGGAUUCCGCUGCCGAUGGCUAUGCUCGAGGUGAAGGCAUUGCUGCAGUUGUUCUCAAGCCACUCAGUGCUGCGCUAAGAGACGGCGAUCAUAUUGACUGUAUUGUGCGUGGCACUGCAGUCAACCAGGACGGUAAAACGACUGGCUUGACCAUGCCCAGUAACAUCGCACAAACCGCGCUUAUUCGAGACACUUAUGCUCGUGCUGGCCUUGAUAUCCACGAUCCCAAGGAUCGCCCACAGUUCUUCCAUGCACAUGGUACCGGAACGCCGGCUGGUGAUCCCCAAGAGGCCGAAGCUAUCUCUAGGUCGUUCUUCAAGGACGGUCAAAAGGCUGACGAGAAGCUGCACGUAGGCUCAAUCAAGACCGUUAUUGGUCAUACCGAAGGUUCGGCUGGUCUUGCCAGUUUGAUUGGCUCUGUCAUGGCCAUGCAAAAGGGUAUUAUCCCACCGAACCUCCACUUUCAGACGGUCAGCGCUCGGGUAGCCCCAUUCUAUACCAAUCUCCAUGUUCCUACAAAGGCAACACCAUGGCCAGAGCCGUUACCAGGUCAGCCGCGUCGAGCCAGUGUUAACAGCUUCGGCUUUGGUGGCACUAAUGCUCACGCUAUUCUUGAAUACUAUGAACCAAAAGAGCCUAAGCAGCAAGCAAAACUGGCUGCUCUCGCAGCGCCACUGCCAACUCCUCUGACCAUCUCUGCCGGUUCGCCAGCGACAUUGACGGCGAUGUUGGCCGAUUUGAGUACCUAUCUCAAGGCCAACCCAACCACAAGCAUUGAGGACUUGGCUUACACGCUGCAGAUGCGCAGAUCCACACUAUCACAUCGCGCAGUUAUCGUGGCAUCUAGUGCAAGCCAGGCAGUUGAUAAGAUUGACGGUCUGCUAGCUGAUGUAGCCAGUAACAAGGCCCUGUCUACUAGACGCCACGAUGUAGCCAAACCUAGCAUUUUGGGCGUGUUUACUGGUCAGGGUGCUCAGUGGGCGCGUAUGGGUGCUCGUCUGAUCGAAGAGUCUCCCUUUGCCGCGCAGCGUAUUGCAGAACUGCAGAGAGCGCUUGCAACGCUCCCAUCUGGAGAUCGACCAACCUGGGCCCUUAGUGCCAUGCUGCGAGCAGACCAGGCCUCUUCCCGUCUGGGAGAAGCCGCCAUUGCACAGCCUCUUUGCACUGCUGUGCAAAUUGUCCUCGUCGACCUGAUUCGUGCGGCGGACGUCAAGCUUCGUGCUGUCGUUGGCCACUCGUCGGGCGAGAUUGGUGCAGCCUACGCCGCUGGAUUCUUGUCAGCCGAGGAUGCAAUUCGCGUCGCAUACUACCGUGGUCUGUAUGCAAAGCUGGCUGGUUCGCCUUCUGGAGAGCCAGGUGCAAUGAUGGCCGUUGGCACUAGCUUUGAAGACGCCACAGAAUUCUGCCAGCUUGACGAUUUCGUUGGUCGUAUUCAGAUUGCCGCUCGCAACUCUUCGACUAGUAUGACUCUUUCCGGUGACCUAGAUGCCAUUGAAGAAGCCAUGGAAGUAUUCCAAGCCGAAGGUAAGUUUGCCCGUCAGCUCAAGGUUGAUACGGCGUACCACUCCACGCACAUGCUGCCCUGUGCAGCACCUUAUAUCGCUGGAUUGACCCGUGCUGGAUAUUCUGUGGCCGAAGGGAAUGGCACUGAAUGGCUCUCAUCGGUCAAGGAAGGCAGCCCUGUGAUGACCAAGGCCGAUGUUGAAGACCCCCAGUACUGGGUUGACAACAUGACCAGCGCCGUCUUGUUUGCACCGGCCAUCAACGCGGCUGUCGCCAAGGUGGGCAACUUCGACAUGGCAGUUGAAUUCGGCCCUCACCCUGCCCUCAAGGGUCCAGCUUUGGAUACCAUUGAGGAAGCUAUGGGCAACAAGAUCCCAUACACCGGUUUGUUGGCUCGCGGAAAGGAUGAUGGCGUCGAGUUAGCCAAUGCCGUGGGUAUGAUCUGGACAACGUUGGGUGCAUCCUCUGUAAAGUUUGAUGCCUUCAGCAAGAAACUGCUCGACACCCUCGGUCCCAAGCCUCAGCUGCUUACCCACCUACCGACAUACCCAUUUGACCGCACCCGCAGCUUCAGCGCCUUGACGCGCUUCUCUGGAGCUCCACGUAUGAUUCACGAUGCACCAAACCCCAUCUUAGGUCGUCGAUUAGUUGAGACUGAAACUGCCGAUGGAAUCUCUUGGAGAAAUGUCCUGCGCCCAUCCGAGAUUAAGUGGCUUUCUGGCCAUGGUCUUCAGGGUCAGACUGUGUUCCCUGCCAUGGGCUAUGUGUCAAUGGCAGUGGAGGCUGCAGCCAUUGCGGCUGGUGAUCGCCCUCUGGGACUCGUCACACUGCAGGAUAUUGUGAUUGGACGCGCCAUUGCAUUUGCAAACGAAAAUAUUGGUGUUGAAACGAAAGUGAGCCUGCAAAUUGAACAGGAUGCUGGUGACGAGUUGACAGCUGUCAUCACGUGCCACUCCGGUCUUCCGUUUGACCAGGCACCGUUUGUUCUCAACUUCAAGGCUACUCUCCGCAUUGGCCUGCACGAACCAUCUCACGAUACAUUGCCUGCAUCACGCUUAGACGAACAGCUCAAUCUUGUCAGCGCCGCCCCUGACCGUCUGUACUCUCAGCUUAGCAACCUGGGCUACAGCUACAACCCUCCAUUCACUGGCAUUCGCGAGAUCGAACGCAAGCUAGGAUGGGCCAGAGGAGACAUCGACGAUGAAGCUGAGCAAGGUUGGGAGAACCAGCUCCUUGUUCAUCCAGGAUGGCUCGACUCUGCGGUUCAGACCGGUUUCGCUGCUUACAGCCACCCUCACGACAACCGUUUCUUCAACUUGCUGGUGCCAACAGCCAUCCAGUCCAUGACCAUCAAUCCGUUCUUCUGUGACAAGACGAGCACUGCGCGCCGUCGAAUGCAUUUCCAAACCUCAGCCCGUGUUGGCGAAGAUUCUCCUAUGCUUGUCGAUAUUGACAUCUUUGCCGGUAAUGAACCCGAGCACCAGUAUCCAUUCGUCCAGUUCGAGACGCUCAAGGUGAUGCCAUUCGCUGCGGCUACAGCUCGAGAUGAUGCAGUGGUGUUUUCACGAUUCAAUUACCGAUCCGCGGGCCCCAACGCUUAUCUCGUUACCGAAGGAGACGACCAAACAGUUCUCACCGAGACCACCGCCCAGGACAAGGCUCUUGACCGUGUUGGUUUCUAUUAUCUUCGACGACUCUACGAGACCAUUACUGUCGCUGAAACCGAGGCUGCGCUACCACAUUUCAAGGCACUCUUAGAAUAUGCAAAGCGCACGAUGGAUCUAACAGCACGUGGACAAUGCGCAGCCAUCCCCCGUGAGGCUCUCAACGAUUCUUCUGCAUUCAUCCGGGCCUUGGUUAACAAAUAUUGCGACUGUGCUGAUAUGCAACUUUCCCAAGCUGUUGGAGACAAUCUCAUUAAUGUCGUUCGUUCGGGAGAAAGCAUACUCGAGCAUAUGACUAAGGACGGAUUGCUGGAUCGCUUCUACGCUGAAGGAUCUGGCGUCAAACUUGCAAACACAUGGGUUGCCCGUAUUGUUUCCCAAAUUAGCCACCGUCAUCCUCACAUGAAUAUCUUGGAAUUGGGAGCCGGCACUGGUGCAACAUCAGGCCGUGUCUUGGAGAAGCUUGGCAAUGCAUUUGACAGCUACACCUUUUCUGAUGUUGAUGCCGAGGUUGUUGCAAGCGCCCAAGAAGCGUUUUCUCGCUCCACGAAUGCCGACCGAAUGGCGUUCGCUGUAUUCGAUAUCGAGAAGCCGGCCGACGAACAAGGUUUCACGUCAGGUGUUUACGACGUAAUUGUUGCAUCCAAUGUUCUACACACAGCUGGUGAUCUUGACAAUACCAUGGCGCAUAUCCGCGGCCUGCUUCGACCUGGUGGUUAUCUUGUUGCGGUUGAGGCUGUCAGUCAACAUACAGUAUCCAUGAACAUGAUACUUGGUGGCCUUCCCACCUGGUGGAAGGGGGCUGCCACUGACCCAACCAGACAAGACGGGCCUUGUCUCACUCUUGACGAAUGGGAUGCCGUCGCAAGCCGCUCUGGAUUUGACGGAAUUGACUCUCACGUCCCGGUCGCCAACCCUGAACAAAAGUUCUCUGCCUUUGUUUGCCAGGCUAUCGAUGACCGUGUCAGUAGCUUGCGAGCACCGCUUUCCUCUACCACUGCUGCUGAGGGUAACCUUGUUGUCGUCGGAGGACGUACCGCUGCUUCUUCAGACAUUGCUCAGCAAGCCAUCUCCCUGUUGGAGUCAAGAUACGCAUCUGUUGCGCAUGUUGCCCGCCUAGAGGAUCUCAUUGAUCGCGGACUCGCACCUGACUCUUCAGUACUGUCAAUUACCGAACUCGACGAGCAGUUCCUUGAAGUCCGUACAGAAGCCAAACUCAACGCCCUCAAGGUGUUGUGGCGUGGUGCCAAAAAUGUGCUCUGGGUAUCACGGGGCUCUCGUGAUGAGCGUCCAUACUCAUCAAUCAUGAUUGGUCUUGGUCGUGUUGUUCGAGUAGAGUAUCCCAACGUGAACGUCCAAUUGCUCGACUUUGAUAGUGCCACCGAGAUGACGCCUGAACUGGUCGCUGAAGCCCUUGUUCGUCUAGAGCUCAGUGGCAUUUACAGCAAACAGGGUGAUUCCCAGUCUAGCCUGCUCUGGACCCACGAAACCGAAGCUCACUAUGUCAAUGGCCAACUCACCAUCCCACGUUUGAUUGCUGACGAGGAACCAAACCGCCGUUACAACACAUAUCGCCGUGCAAUCAGACAGGAUGUACAGCUCGAAAAGUCAACUGUUGCCAUCGAGUCGGCAUCUAACGGAAAGGAGUUUGAGCUUGCUGUAGUCUCACCCCUUCGCCAACCUCCGCCAGCCCCUACGCCUGGUGCUAUGAUGACACUGCAGAUUGAACAGUCACUCCUCCAUGCCAUAAAGAUACACGACGCAGGAUACUUAUCUCUGGUGGUAGGUAAGGACGUGUCAACUGGUAGCCGAUUUGCCGCAUUGAGCAGCACAUCUGUUGAGUCGACAAUGCAGGUACCCGUUCAAUGGACUGCUCGUGUCCCUGACUCCCUUACUUCCGAUGCCAUUGCUAGCUGCAUUAUUGCUUCCGGUGCAUCUCUCAUUGCGCAGAGCAUUAUUGCAGCUGCUCCCCGAUUUGGCACACUUCUUGUUCAUGAUGCAAACGAUUUGUUAGUCGAUGUUCUGGCCAAAGAAGCUAUGCAGGAAGGAGUCCGUAUCGCAUUCACGACUUCAAGCAAGGAGCUGCUGGCUGCAAACUCACUCCAUGCAAGACUCUUUAUUCAUGACAAACUUCCAAUCCGCCAAUCACGCAAUGUACUACCAUCGGAUGCAUCAUGCUUGGUGAACUUUGCGGCGCCCGAAUCUAAGAGCUCAAAGCUGAUCCAUCGCCUCGUUGGAACGAAUAUGCCAACUUUUACAGCUUCAAGCUUUGUGCGCCAUGCGCCCAACUUCUCACCCAGCGCAAAUAUCGACGAACUAAGCGCGCACCUGACAAACAUUUGGCAAGCCGUUUUGAAGAAGCAGCGUGUGGCAUCUUCUGCAACACAGAAGAGAGAUAAGGAGUCUAUUAUCCCUCUAUCAGAUGUCGCUGGGGCUCUUGCAGCUGACACUUCUCUACGUGUUGUCGAUUGGACCGCAGCAUCUUCUGUCAAGGCUUUGGUUCGCCCGAUCGAUCAUGGCGACAUUUUCAGAGCAGAUGCGACGUACUUGCUCGUGGGUUUGACAGGAGAUCUCGGCCAAUCUCUCUGUACAUGGAUGGUAGACCACGGUGCGCGUCAUAUUGUCCUAUCAAGUCGACGACCCAAGGUUAAUCCCAAGUUCAUUGCCGGGCUCGCUGCAAAGGGUGCCCAUAUCAACGUCAUCGCCAUGGACGCCACUCGUCGCGACUCAUUGCGCGCAGCUUAUGAUAAGAUCCGUGCCGAAAUGCCACCAAUUGCCGGUGUUGCCAAUGGUGCCAUGUUGUUGGAAGACAGCCUUUUUGAUGAUCUGGAAUUCGCUUCGUUGGAGCGUACGUCGCCUCCUAAAAUCGAGGCUUCAGUUCUUCUUGACGAGUUGUUCUACGAUACUCCACUAGACUUCUUCAUCCUUCUCACUUCAACAUCGCAGGUAGCUGGUAAUGGUGGCCAAUCUGCUUACGUUAUGGCCAACCAGUUCAUGAAUGCUCUUGGUGCUCAGCGCCGAGAUGUCCGUGGUGUUGUGGGGUCGAACAUGGCUAUUAGCUUUGUCGUCGGUAUUGGAUAUUUCGAACACGCCGAGCAUCUUGACAAGGACUACUUUGUGCGCCUCAGCUACCGUGGUAUCUCUGAGAGAGAUCUCCAUGAACUCUUUGCUGAGACAAUCCUUGCUGGACAACCUGGCAAUGCUGGAGUCUCCGAAGUGGCUUCCGGUAUUGCACCUUUCCGCAACGGCCCUGAAACCCACGCAUUUGUUCUUACCAACCCCAAGUUCAGCCAUCUGAUGAUUAACGAUGUUGGCAGUGCUCAGGGAUUGCAGGGCGGUGCUAAUGGAGGUGGUGGUAAGUCGGAGAGGCCACGAAACCGCCUUGCAUCGGCUGCUACGAUGGCUGAAGCACAAGAGAUUGUUCGCGAAGCAUUUGUUGAAAGGCUCAAGCGAAUCCUGAUGAUUCCUCAGGGUGAUAGCAUGGAUGAAAAGUCUACAUUUAUUGAACAGGGCAUUGACUCCAUCAUGGCUGUCGAGGUGCGCUCUUGGGUGCUGCAGGAGCUCGAUGUCGACAUGCCCGUUCUGAAGAUUCUCGGCGCUGACUCUACAGUUGAGGCCCUUCUUGUUGACAUGAUGAAGAACAUCCCGAAGAGCAUCUUCGAUCCUGAGAACAUGGGAAAAAAUGCUAACGCGGCAUCCUCAGCCCCUGCCGCUGCGCCUAAAUCGUCAGCUGUCCCCCCUCCUCUUCCGAAGGUUUCUGCCCCUACUACUAAGAAGCCUGCAAGUCCCGUUACACCCCAAGUGAAGAAGCCUGCAACAACUACUCACUCUUCACCAUCUCCUGCGGUAUCCACGGCGUCGCCAGCGAGCUCGUUCAACGGAGGCAGCCCCCGAGGCGCAUCUACUGCGCAAUCCGAGGCCGACACGCCCUUGGAAACCCCUCUUGAGAAGGCUGACCUCGUACUAGCCGAUGAUGCCCAGCGGAAACAAAAGAUUAUUCGUGCGUUAGAAAAGCAACAAGAAGACGAUCGCCGUAAGCGUAUUAUCGCCUCCUCUACAGAGAUUAUUGAGCCGAUGAACUCUGGGCAGAAGCGUUUCUGGUUCUUGCACCAUUACAUUGAGGACCCGACAACAUUUGGCAUGACCUAUCAAUUCCGCCUCCAAGGCCAUAUCCGAAUUCACGAUCUUGCUAAAGCAGUCGAGGCUGUUGCCAAGCGCCACGAAGCUUUGCGCACUCGCUACUUCUGGUCUGAGGAUGGUACCAAAACUCCGAUGCAAGGUAUUCUGUCCCAGAGCUUUGUCCAUCUGGAGACUGCCAAUGUUGCCUCUGAACAAGAUAUCGUCGCUGCCUUUGACGAAUUAAGGAAUCAUGCUUGGGAUCUCAGCACCUGGGGUCAACUUCGACUACGACUGCUCUCGCUCUCUGACAAGGUGCACUAUCUCGUUAUGGGAGCCCACCAUAUCUCUAUGGAUGGCCAUAGUGUCAACAUGCUGAUGUACGACAUCAACAAUGCCUACACUCGCGGAUCUGGUCGCCCACUGCCUGUUCUUCCUGAGGCUUCGCAGGCCCGCUCCUUCGGCAAGACCCAAGAUCUCUUGUACUCAACAGGCAAACUCCAGCCAUCUCUUGAUUUCUUCCGUCGCACGCUUUCAAAAGUCGACCUUUCCCGCCCUAUCGAUCUCUUCCCAUUUGCCCGUACCAGUGUAAGAAGUCCUCUUGUCCGAUACAGCAACAACAUUUCGAAGAUUCGACUUGACCCUGAAACAGCAGCUCGCAUGAAGCAGCUGGCUCGUCUGAACAAGUCGACUCCAUUCCAUGGUUAUCUCAACGCUUUCCGCACUCUUAUCUUCCAGCUGCUACCUGCAGACGCAGCUGAUAACAUUGUUAUCGGUAUUGCUGAUGCUAACCGAACAGACAGCAAAUUUAUGGGUAGCCUGGGCAAUUUCUUAAAUGCGCUGCCACUAGGUGUGGAACGCGCACUGCCCAGCCAGUCUUUUGGUGCGGGUAUCUCCCAAAUUCGUGACAGCAUUUACGCUGCGCUGCAACAUUCGGGAGUUCCUUUCGACGUUCUUCUCGAUGAGCUAGCUGUACCUCGGUCCAACACCUAUCCUCCAGUUUGUCAACUCUUCAUCGACUACAAACUAGUCACUCGAGAACAGGCUGACAUGAGAUGGGUUGGCUGCAACGUUAGCGGCCACGAAUGGCAAACCUCUCGCAGCACCUAUGACGUCGGCCUUGAGAUUGUCGAAGAUCAUGAGAGUGCCCUUGUCGUUUUCCACACCCAGGAUAGUCUCUACAGCAAAGAAACAACCGACCUGCUCCUCAGAACCUACGUCAACCUCUUGGAACAGGUAGUCCGCCAACCUGGUGAACAACUCCUUGUUAGCAAGUUGGACAGCUGGAGUGCGAAGGAUGUCAACAAAGCGAUUAAACUUGGUACCGGACCAACCAUGCAGCUGAACUCGCCCGCUACCGUUUCCCAUCAUAUUGAUCAAGUCAUGGCUGAGAAUCCCAACAGCAUGGCUGUAGUUGACGGUGAUGGCCGUACCCUAACCUAUGCUCAACUAAACAACAGAAUUGAGACUAUCGCUCAAGGUCUCCUCAACAAACUCCCUGAUCAAUCGAAGACCCAAUCUGUUGUCGGUGUGUUCCAAUCACCUGGCACUGACUGGAUGGCUUCGCUACUGGCCAUCCUACGCGUUGGUGCUGUCUACCUUCCUCUGGAUCUCAAGGCGUCAGUGGCUCGUCUUCAUGGCUUUGUUAAAGCUGCGAAGCCAGCUGUUAUUCUUGUUGAUCAAACAACGCAGAGUCUCACUCAAGAUCUCAAAGCCGGCGACUCCGCCCAGCUGAUUAACCUCUCCAGUUUACCAACGCCGAACCAUACCAGUUGUACUGUCUCCGCAUCGCAAGCUGACCGCCCAGCAUACAUGAUCUUCACUAGUGGUUCGACUGGUAUCCCCAAAGGUGUUGUCAUCAAGCACGCCAGUCUCCGCGCUCUCGCUGAGGGCUACAUACGUGAGUGGAACAUUGCUACUCACGGCCGCGCUGUUCUGCAACAAUUUCCUCUCACUUCUGAUGCCUCUAUGAAACAAAUCUUGUCCGCCUUUGGUACUGGAGGCUGCCUUGUGGUCGCCUCUGCAACCCAACGUGGUGAUCCCACUGAGCUCACGCGUCUCAUGGUCGAUUGCAAGGUAACCUUUGCUGUCGCUACGCCCUCCGAAUGGAGCAUGUGGUUCCGAUUUGCUUCAGACAACCUGCGCAAUUGCACAUCCUUGACGUCUGCAUGGUUCGGUGGCGAACGCACGCCUCAGUCUCUCAUCGACUCGUUCCGUGAGCUGCGCAAAGCCAACAGCAAUCUACGUGUUUUCCACUCCUACGGACCUACAGAAGCCACCAUUUCAACCGUCAAGGCCGAAGUUAACUUGAAUGAUGCCAAGUUGACUCUCCCUAUCCCAAGCCGCGUUCUACCAAACUAUGCCGUCUACAUUGUUGAUGAUCAAAUGCGCCCGGUUCCUCUUGGCGUUCCUGGUCAGAUUCUAAUUGGCGGUCGCGGUGUUGGUGAAAACGAAUACCUUAACCAGCUCGAAGUUACUGCCAAAACAUUCAUCCCAGAUGUCUUUGCCAGCCAGGAGACACUUAACCUCCCUGGUUGGGGACGGGUAUACUGCACUGGUGAUUACGGCCGCCUCAACAAUCAGGGUCUUCUUACUAUUGAAGGCCGUGUUGCCGGCGACUCUCAAGUCAAGGUGCGAGGCUUCCGUGUUGAGCUUGGCGAAAUCGAAGGUGUCAUCAUGAAAGAAGCUGCAGGCUCUCUCGACGCUGCUGUAGUCACUCUCCGCCCUGGCGAAGGUGACCACGAUGGCCUGCUUGUGGCUCAUGUGGUUGUAAGCGAACAGCACCGCAAGACUGACACAGCAGUUAAGAGCGUGGUCGACAAUUUCCGCGAUCGUAUCGUCCUCGCUCUGCCCCAAUACAUGGUUCCUGCAGUGAUCGUGCCUCUCGAUGAGUUACCUCUCAUCACAAUUGGCAAGGUUGACCGCAAAGCCCUCCAGGCUAUGCCACUCCCUGAACUCAUCGUCACCAAUGGUCAAUCCAACAGCGCAAAGCAGCCAUUAACACCUGCUGAGCAAAGCUUGGCUGACAUUUGGGCCACAGUGCUCCCACAACACGCAGCUGCCCACUUGACAGCCGAAUCCGACUUUUUCCUUUCGGGUGGUAACUCGCUUCUCCUCGUCAAGCUUCAGGAUACCAUUAAACGCCGUCUUGGGGAUGCACCACGCCUGUCCAAUCUCAUGAGCUCCCCUACCCUCGGCGGCAUGUCCAAGCUCCUCGAAGCUGCCUCAUCUAGCGGCCCUGAUUGGGAUGAGGACAUGAUGGCUGAUGACUUGGUCCUUGUCAACCCAUCAUCCGCCGCCAAGAGCGACUCAUCUGGCCUCCAUGUUCUGAUUACUGGUGCUACAGGUUCUCUUGGCAAACACCUGGUCCCUCAUCUCGUCAAGGAUGAUCGUGUAACUCGCCUGACAAUCCUUGCUCGCCCUGCCCAGGGUCGCAAUUUGGAUUCACUGUUUUCCAACCUCGGCAGCAAGAUCCGCGUUGUAGCCACGGAGCUACCUGUUCUCCCUACCGAUGCCGAGAUUGGAGAUGUCAAUGUCAUCUUACAUGCAGCUGCGGACCGCAACUUCUGGGAUGGCUACAGCGCCGUCAAGCCCGUCAAUGUUGACUCGGUCAAGACCCUCGCUCAGCUAGCCACUCGCACCGGUGCUACUCUCCACGUCAUGAGCUCUGGUGCUCUCAGCAACUACCGAUCAGACAACGAUGACCAGCUCCCACAGCCCGACGCAGGUGACGGUUAUGUUGCUUCCAAGUGGGUGGCUGAGCGAUACCUCUCCGAUGCUGCUCGCCGUUUUGACUUGCCUGUAUCUGCUCAUCGCCCUACCAAGGCUGCCGCUCCUACUGAUGCAAACGCCCCGAUGACACAGACGGAAGAGGAUAUGGUCCAGAGCAUCCUUGACAAUGCUCCGCGCCUAGGUGUUCGCCCAGACUUUUCUCGAAUUGGUGGGCCAAUGGACGUUGCUAUGGUUGACGAGGUUGCCUCUUCCAUCGUUGCUGCAGCGCUCAGCAACCAACGUUCCGCCAGCCACGCUCUUGAUAUUAUCAACUAUCCUGCCGACUCUUCAGUCCGAUCCGAAGCCAUCGCCACCAAGGUUGCUGCCCUCAUGGCGCUACCCCAGCACCGCGCGACGAGCCUGUUGCCUGCCGUUCCCGUCUUGCACUGGGUUGGCCAGGCUAAGCGUGCAGGUUUAUUCCCUUGGAUCUUCUCAGCACAAGAGCUUGUUGUGACUGACGAACAAGGCCAGCAGGCCAUUUCCAGGAGAUAAAACUUUUAUGAUGCGGAUAGGCGAUAUGGCGUUAUGAAUCGUUGUUGAUUGUUCAGCUGUGCUGCAAUACAACAAACGAGGUUUUUUCCCUUUAUUUACGCGCGUUUUAUUUCUUUACUUCUCAGAGCUGCUAUUCAUCUCUUCUAUGUUCGUUUUUGUUUCUGUUGAUUUCCUUGGUCUCUCUACUUGUUUAGAAUUUCCUAGUCUUUUCUUUUUCUUUGUUUCUAGUUUAGCGUGCAAAUCAACUUUCAUAAUUUCUUUCUAUAUUCCACGUAGUACUUCUUUAAAUGGAUCUUUUCUCUGCUAUAA